AUCCAUGGCGCCCGGCAAAUCCAAAUGGUGGCAAGCGCCCGAUGAGGCCGACCUAGACUACGGAUUCGAUUCUGACGACUUGGCUAGAUUCGAAUCUGAGCGGAAUCUCCACCGCCCUCGCCCACCAACAAGCGCAACCGACAUACAAACAACGGAACAAGAAGAAGUUCAGGACAAGGGCGUGUUUGGAAAUAUGUCUUCUUGGCUUCAGCGUCAGGCUGGAUCGCACAAUUCGCAGCUUACGACUACUGCUGUGUUGUCUGGUGCAGCGGUUGCGACUGCUAUUUUUGGAUACCAGGCAUAUAAGAGGAAAGAGGCUGUUUAUGAUCUGAAGGCUUCGAUCCCGAUUGCUGAUGAGCAGCAUCCAUCAGAGAAGCUCACGGACUUUGGUGCGGCGGAAAAUGGUAUCCCACUGAGCAAGGAGGACGAGCGAAGCGCUGCUUUGGCUCGUAGAGCACAGAAAGGAGACUACGAUGAUGAUCUGAUCCUCGAACAACUUGCCCGAAACCGCGUCUUCCUGACCGACGAUGGCCUGGCAAAACUUCGAUCCUCCUUCAUUGUCGUCGUCGGCUGCGGUGGUGUCGGAUCCCACGCUGCCGCGGCGCUCGCUCGUUCCGGCGUAGCCAAGAUCCGACUCAUCGAUUUCGAUCAAGUCACUCUCUCCUCUCUCAACCGACACGCGCUCGCCACACUCGCUGAUGUCGGAACACCCAAGGUGCACUGUAUCCGGCGACGACUGGAGCAGAUUGCUCCCUGGGUGAUGUUCGACUGCCGUAACGAGCUGUUCGGCAAGGAUGCCGCCGAUGAUCUUCUCGGACCGUGGACUUUGACGCACGAGGGCGAGGGUCGCCGACCUGACUACGUAUUGGACUGCAUUGAUAACAUCACUUCCAAGGUAGAUCUGCUGCACUACUGUCACUCAAACUCGCUGCCUGUCAUUUCGUCCAUGGGUGCUGGCUGCAAGUCUGAUCCGACUCGAGUGGUUGUGGGCGACAUCUCGCAAAGUACGGAUGACCCACUGUCUCGCAGUACUCGACGCCGGCUGAAGGCGAAGGGUGUGAGCACGGGAAUUGCCACAGUAUUCUCGACCGAGAAGCCUGGACCCGGUAAAGCGACUCUACUUCCGCUUCCCGAGGAGGAGUUUGCCAAGGGCCAGGUGGGCGAGCUGGGAGUUCUUGCAGACUUCCGAGUGCGCAUUCUGCCAGUUUUGGGAACGAUGCCCGCUGUUUUCGGAUACACGGUUGCCAACCAUGUCAUCUGCAGUGUGUCAAACUAUCCCAUGGAUUAUAGUAUGACAAACAAGGGUCGCGACAAGAUGUACGAUACUGCAUUGUCAAACCUCCAGGCCUGUGCAGAGAAACUGAACAAGCAGAUUGCUGGAGAAGACCCCAUCAGUCUGCGCAUUCCUGUCAGCAAGGACGACAUUGCAUUCCUGAUGGAGGAGGUCUGGCGUGGGAAGAGUGGUAUCUCCGGUCUCCAGAACAGACUUGUAUUCGUCCCCUGGGAGACGCCCGCCCGUGGAUGGGGAAUUGAUCCGACCUGGAAGGAAGAUGGACAGAAACUUCUGCCAAUUGAACUGACAAACUUGGUGUGUAUGACCAAGGAAGAGGCAGCCUACCAUGAGCGUGAGGUUCUGCGUGGUGGCAAGAAGGUCGAGGAAGCAUACGACGAUACUGUGUUGCAACGGCCAGAAUACGAGCUGGACGACUCCGAAACCAUUUACUACACGAACCCCUCUUCCACGACCACCCGCUUCCCCCGAUUCUCUCGACCCCUAAUCGAAUCCGUCCGGAAUGGCUGGCAAUCCCAUACCAACUACCAUUCCCUCUCUCCCGAAAAUGACAAAAACCCGCCCUGGGUACAGAUGGCCCUGUCCAUCGUCGCCGCCCCGAGAUUCCGCCGCUACGUCGUCGUAUACGUAACACUAUUUGUGCUGGGCUGGUGCGGAUGGAGCCUAGCUCUUUACCCUAGACUUGAGGAGCGUAGUGCCUUGCUUCAUUCGUUGGAUCCUGCUUCCAAGGUGGAGGCUGGAGGGUGGUUCGGAUCGAACUCGUUGCCGCAGUUCGACGACUUGAUUCAGGUUAAGACCUUGAACCCGGAUUUUAUUCCCACUGCUCCUUUGGAAGGCGUUGAUCCUGCUUCGUGGAAGAAGAAGCGGUUGGUUGUUGUGGGUGAUGUGCAUGGGUGUAAAGAGGAGUUGGUUGCGCUGCUUGAUAAAGUUUCGUUUUCCGAGGUGAAUGGUGAUCACUUGAUCUUCACGGGUGAUCUGAUCAAUAAGGGCCCCGAUAGCGCCGGUGUGGUGGAUUUGGCACGUCAAUACGGCGCUUCGUGUGUGCGUGGAAACCAUGAGGAUCGGGUCCUUCUUCUCCGCCAUGAGAUUUUUUCGUCGAAUGCCAUGACCCAGGAGGAGGAGGCGGCGAGCCAGAUUUAUUCAGCUAAGCAGCUGCAGGAGCGCGCGCUGGCUCGCUCAUUCACCGAUGGUCAAGCACAAUGGCUUGAAUCAUGCCCUAUCAUUCUGGACUUGGGCUUGGUUCAGGGUAUGGGCCAGGUGGUUGUUGUGCAUGGCGGACUUGUUCCGGGUGUGGAUUUGGAAAAACAAGAUCCAUCCAGUGUGAUGACCAUGCGCACCAUUGAUUUGGAUACACAUGUGCCGAGUGCGUCGCAUGAUGGUUUGAAUUGGGCUAAGCUGUUUGACAAGCACCAGUCCAUUUUACAUACGAGUCUCAAGCAUGCCAAGGUGGAUCCUUAUUCCCAAACUACUACCGUGAUAUACGGUCACGAUGCUAAGAGGUCUCUCAACAUCCGCACUUAUACCAAGGGCCUUGAUACUGGUUGUGUCAAGGGCGGCAAGCUGACCGCACUCGUCAUCGAGCAUGGUGGCAAGCAGAAACUUGUUCAAGUGAAGUGUCAUACCGAUUACGAACAGGAAGACUGA